AUGGUGGCGGAGACUGACGGGUGUUUGUUGUUUUUGCGCGCGCGCGUGCAGAGUCUGGGCGGCGAGGGGUGCAGCCUGCUCCCGCACGGCCACUUCUGGAUCGCCAGCCAGCGGGUCGUCGCGCUCGGCCGCGUCGGCCCCGCCGCAGUGGAGGUGAAGGAGGGGCUGAUCAACGCCAUCGCCGUGGGGGACUACCGGAGCUUCGUGCUCCGCCGCCCGCUCGUCGACUACGGGGACGCCGUCAUCAUGCCCGGCCUCAUCGACGUGCACGCGCAUCUCGACGAGCCCGGCCGGGCCGAGUGGGAGGGCUUCUCCACCGGCACAAGAGCCGCCGCCGCAGGUGGCAUAACAACGUUGGUGGACAUGCCUCUCAACAGCUUCCCGUCCACGGUCUGUGAAGAAACUCUCAAACUCAAGGUGGAUGCAGCUCGGGAUAAGCUAUAUGUUGAUGUCGGGUUUUGGGGAGGCCUUGUGCCCGAGAACGCCUUGAACCCAAGAAAAUUGGAGAGCCUGCUAAAUGCAGGAGUGUUAGGACUUAAGUCUUUUAUGUGCCCCUCUGGCAUCAACGACUUCCCCAUGACAAAUUCAACCCACAUCGAGGAGGGCCUGGUUACAUUGGCAAAGUACAAGAGGCCCUUACUUAUCCACGCAGAGCGCAUACCGGAUGUCGUGAGUGACGAGGAGCUCGAUGGCGAACUAGAUCCUCGAUCUUACGCAACCUACCUGAAGUCUAGAACUCCAGCAUGGGAGGAAUCAGCCGUUAGGGAUUUGAAACGUGCCAUGAAGGACACCGAGGUGGGGGGCCGGUCAGAAGGAGCUCAUCUUCACAUUGUCCAUCUCUCAGAUUCAAAAACUACCCUUGAGCUUCUGAAGGAUGCGAAACACAGCGGCGCAAAGGUCACUAUAGAAACCUGUCCUCAUUACCUCGCAUUUUCGGCGGAGGAAGUUCCAGAUGGGGACACUCGUUUCAAGUGCUCUCCUCCCAUACGCGACGCCGCCAACAAGGAUAACCUCUGGGAGGCUCUACUUGAUGGUCACAUCGACAUGCUCAGCUCGGACCACUCGCCCUCGACUCCUGAUCUCAAGCUAAUGGAGGAAGGCAACUUCAUGAAGGCAUGGGGAGGUAUCUCAUCUCUGCAGUUUGUGCUCCCUGUAACAUGGUCACAUGGGAAAAAGUAUGGCAUCACCCUGAACCAGCUAGCCUCAUGGUGGAGCGAGAAGCCCGCCGAGCUAGCGGGACAGAAGAACAAGGGGUCUAUUCUGCCGGGGUACCACGCCGACAUCGUGGUGUGGAAACCCGAGGCGCAGUUCCACCUCGACGACACCCAUGCCGUAUACCACAAGCACCGGAACAUCUCGGCGUAUCUCGGGAAGGAGCUAUCGGGCAAGGUGCUGUCGACGUUCGUGAGGGGGAACCUGGUGUUCGCCGAAGGGAAGCAUGCCGGGGCCGCCUGCGGCGCCACCAUCCUCGCCAAAGGCUCAGGCGCAAAGAAGUGA